CUCAGCUCUUGGACGCCUGGCUGGAAGUUGGCUGUCCUGCUUCCUGUGACCUUGGGGGCUUGAACAGGGCAGGGCCCAGGGUGCCCAGGCCACUGUCUCCUUCCCCACGCCUUUUCCCUUGAUCGCUCCGCCCUGUCGCUUCUACCUCCGCCCUCUACGGCUCUAAACUGCUUCCUGGGCCGGAACUGUGGCUUUUUCCUGCCCCAUUGGGGCUGGGGGCUGUCGCAGCUGUUGACAGUCAGAGGACAUGGAGCCCAGGAGGGCGACGCCUGGGGCGCACGGCUGGGGGCCUCAAGUGACCGCGGGGUCGGGGACGACCGCGGAGCUCGUGUACCAUCUAGCGGGGGCCCUGGGCACCGAGCUGCAGGAGCUGGCGCGCCGCUUCGGGCCGGAGGCGGCGGCCGGGCUCGUGCCGCUCGUGGUGCGGGCGCUGGAGCUCCUGGAAAAGGCGGCCGUGGGGCCCACCCCGGACUCGCUGCAGGUGGCGGCGCAGCAGGCCGAAGUGGAGCUGCGGCGGCUGCGGGAGGAGAAUGAGCGCCUCCGCAGAGAGCUGCGCUCGGGACCGCAGGAGGACCGAGCUCUGCUGCGGCAGCUCAAGGAGGUGACCGACCGACAGCGGGACGAACUCCGGGCGCACAACCGCGACCUGCAGCAGCGUAGCCAGGAGACCGAAGCGUUGCAGGAGCAGCUGCAGCGCCUCCUGCUGGUGAACGCAGAGUUGCGGCAGAAGCUGGCAGCGGUGCAAACCCAGCUGCGGGCCGCGCGGGACCGCGAGAGCCAGCUCGAGCCGCGGCGCGAAGGGGCCGUGGAGCUGGCUCAGGGGCCGGCGCGGGACCAGGCCGAACCGGCGACUGCUGGCGCAGGAGCCCCCGGGACCCCUGGGGACCCGGCGGAUGCCCCGCAGCAGCCAGGGCGCCCCUCCCAGGUGGGACAGUGCAACUUCAGUCGAGAGGAGCUUGAGCAGAUCCUUCAGGAGCGUAAUGAGCUCAAAGCCAACGUGUUCCUGCUAAAGGAGGAGCUGGCCUACUUCCAGCGGGAGCUGCUUGCAGACCACCGGGUCCCUGGGCUUCUCCUAGAAGCCAUGAAGGUGGCUGUCAAAAAGCAGCGGAAGAAGAUCAAAGCCAAGAUGUUAGGGACCCCAGAGGAAGCGGAAAGCAGUGACGACGAGGAUGGCUCAUGGCUCCUGCUCUCCAGCGAUAAGGGAGACCACCCCCCACCCCCUGAAUCCAGAAUACAGAGUUUCUUUGGCCUGUGGUAUCGGGGUGACACAGAAGCCCCUGAAGCCGAGACCAGCAGCAGCAGGGCUCCCAGUGAGCUUGGGGGAAAAGAGGAGGCCCCACAGCAACCCCACUUGGAGCCUGUGGACAGCCCUACAGCCCCCAACUCCUGACCGGGCCUGCUUUGCUCUCGAAGAACAUCUUUGUCUGGAGAUCUCAGCUGCCCCAGAGGCCUGACUUUGGUGUGGAGCUGUGGGAAGAUAUGUGACCUCAAACGAAGAUAGGGCUCCCUCCUUCCCAGACUUCCCCAGGCUCUUUUCCAGUCAUGGCCUGAGCUGGGGCAUGAUGGAGACUUCAGCCUACUUCCUUCCCUCUAUCUCUGUGCCAAGCCUCCAGGGCCAGAUCAAAGAGCUUCCUCUCUGAGUCUCAGGUUCCCCAUCCACGAAAUGGAGAGCUGACUACCUACCUCCCAGGGGUUUGUGCAGAUGGCCUACGCUAAUGUAAUAAAGCGACUGCCCAUGAUACCCAAAA